AUGAGCAUGAUAAUAACAAUUUUAGCCAUUGCUACUUUGUUUUCAUCCCAAUUAGCUUAUGCCUAUGAUGUCAAUCCUCUACAAGACAUAUGUGUUGCAGUUCAAGACUUCAACACUUCUGUUUUUGUGAAUGGAAAGUUUUGCAAAGACCCAAACCUUGCAAAAGUAGAUGAUUUUUUUACUUCAGGACUUAAUGAAAGUGGAAAAGUAGUGAGGCAAAUGUAUGGUUAUUCUGUGCAUAUUGUUGAUGUAAACAAUAUGCCAGGACUCAACACUUUAGGCAUUUCUAUAAUUCGUGCUGAUUUCGAACCAAAGGGUCUUAUCCCACUUCACACACACUCUCGAGCUACUGAGCUUAUAACUAUCUUGGAGGGCACACUUUAUGCGGGAUUUCUUCUACCUUAUGAAAAUAACUUCUUUAAGAGUCGUCUUUUCUCUAAAAUCUUGAAUCCUGGUGAUGUGUUUGUGAUUCCACAAGGGCUUAUUCACUUUCAGUAUAAUGUUGGACGUACAAAUGCUACUAUACUCGCUACUUACAACAGUCAAAAUCCUGGGUUCACCAUGAUUCCUAAUAUAAUAUUUGCUUCUGAUCCACCUAUUAUUGACGAUGCUCUUGCCAAAGGUUUCCAGCUUGAUAAGAAAGUGAUUAAACAACUUCGAAAGAAAUUUGCCUAG